AGUGAAUCAAUUGACGCUGGUCAGCUGAUUCAACUAUCACAUGACUCAGUCAACACAUUUAAGAUGGCCGCGAGUCAGAGAGCAGUCUUCUGGCUGGGCAAGGACACUCUGAGGGUGUCUGCUGCCCUGUUUGCAGAGAACCGCCGACGCCUCUGCAAGGCCCUGAAGGCCGCCGAUGGAGUGCAGCCCAAGUCCGUGGUGCUGCUGCAGGGAGGAGAACAGAAGCAGAGAUAUUGCACAGACACCGACGACGUCUUCAGACAGGAGUCCUUCUUCCACUGGGCUUUUGGGGUGACCGAGGCCGACUGCUUUGGAGCCAUCCAAGUGGAGUCUGGGAAAUCUCUGCUCUUCGUCCCUAAGCUGCCCGACAGCUAUGCCACCUGGAUGGGAGAGAUCCAUCCGAGGGAACACUACAAGGACAAGUACGAUGUUGAUGAAGUGCACUUCACCUGUGAUAUUGCUGAUGUCCUGGCCAAGCGGAAUCCAGCGGUCCUCCUUACUCUGCGUGGUGUGAAUACUGACAGUGGGAGUACCUGUCGCGAAGCCUCCUUUGAAGGAAUCAGCCAAUUCACAGUGAACAACACCAUCAUGCACCCUGUAAUUGUGGAAUGCCGUCUGUUGAAGACUGACAUGGAACUGGAGGUCCUUCGUUAUACCAACCGCAUCUCUAGCGAUGCCCACAAAGAGGUGAUGAGGCGUGUGAGGCCUGGGCAGAAGGAAUAUGAAAUGGAGAGUUUGUUCCAGCACUACUGCUACUCUCGUGGGGGAAUGCGACACUGCUCCUACACAUGCAUCUGUGGAAGCGGACACAACGGUUCUGUUCUCCACUAUGGCCAUGCCGGAGCUCCCAAUGACAAGACUAUCAGUGAAGGAGACAUGUGCCUGUUUGACAUGGGUGGAGAGUACUACUGCUACUCUUCCGACAUCACCUGCUCUUUCCCAGCCAAUGGCAAGUUCACGCCAGACCAGAAGGCCAUCUACGAGGCUGUGCUCAAGUCCUCUCGGGCUGUCAUGGCUGCCAUUAAACCAGGGGUUAAAUGGACUGAAAUGCAUCGUCUGGCUGACCGUGUCCAUCUCGAGGAGCUGGUGAAAAUCGGCAUCCUGAAGGGCAGUGUUGACGACAUGAUGAAGGAGCACAUGGGCUCUGUGUUCAUGCCCCAUGGUCUUGGUCACCUGCUGGGAAUUGAUGUCCAUGAUGUUGGUGGCUACCCUGAGGGAGUGGAGCGUAUCCCGGAACCUGGCCUGAAAAGCCUGCGCAUGGGUCGCCUGGUUCAGGAGCGCAUGGUCCUGACGGUGGAGCCGGGCAUCUACUUCAUCAACCACCUGCUGGAUCAGGCUCUGGCCUCCCCAGCACAGCGCUGCUUCAUCAACAAUGACGUGCUGCCUCGCUUCCGUGGUUUUGGAGGGGUGCGCAUUGAGGACGACAUUGCUGUGACCGCAAACGGAAUGGAGCUGCUCACCUGCGUCCCGCGUACCGUUGAGGAGAUCGAGGAGUUCAUGGAAGAGGCCCGAGGUGACCCCAAGUCCGUCAGUCCCAUCUGAGGAAACAGGCUGGAACUGUUCUCUCUCCCGUGGCUCCCUGGGUUUCAUCCCAAAUUCACAUUUUACGCUUGUUUGAAAGGGAAGUUGGCUUUGAUUUCCAUAUCUAUACUGUGACUGUCAUCAUGAAAUGAAAUGAAAUGAAAUGAUGCCAAAACAUUUUUUCAUUGUAAUGCAAGUUCAUCACUCAGCUCUUACUGUGAGUUUCUUUACAGCUCAAUAGUUCUAACAGCAUCAUAUCUAGCACCAACAAAAAGACACAUUUGAAGUAUGUAGCUCAAAAACAGUAUUAAAUGAUUCUCUGAUUUGUAUCGUUCACAUGUAUUUCUCUUUGUACCCAAUUUAUAUGCUAAUUAGCCUGAUCAGUAUGUUAAGCAUUUAUUAAUAAACUAUUUCUGCAGCA